AUGGACUCCGAGCCAUCGGCCAAACCACACCGUCCGACCUCCAAACUACACAAGCAGCCGCCCAGCUUCCUCCAGUCCUCGUCCUCCUCGUCGUCCAGCCCGCUCUCUUCCCUCACCAACCUCACCUCGCCAUGGUCCGUCAGGAAGAAGCACUCCUCGACCUCGCUGCAGCGCCAUCCCUCUGCCCCCGUCUACCCGCGUUCUUUCUCGGACAGAGAGCGGGAGCGCGACCAGGGCCGCGAGAGAGACCACUCCCGCACCCGCUCCACUAACUUCACCUCCUCAUCGGCCUCCGUCGACCAGUUGGGUGGUACUAACAGUGGCAGCGGUAGUGGAAGUGGUGGUGGUGUCAACGGCGUCGACUUUGGGCGCUUACAGUUGGUCCAGGGCCAGAACAACAACACAAAUACCAACAGCAACAACACACAGAUGAUGCAGAACCAGAACGGAAGAGUGUCGAGUUCCAUGGGCGAAGAAGACGAUGUUCCCUCCACCUCUCACUCCGGAAGCAUCAACGAGAUGUCGGAAGACAGCAGCAUGAUGGGCAUGGGGAUGGGGAUGGGGAUGCCCAGUCGGCCGCCCAUGCCGCAGAGCUACAGAUCCAGCCCGGAGGUCUCGCCUAGCCUCAACCACUCCGCUGGCUUUCCCGGUCCCGGUCCUGGUCCUACCAGCACGCCCGCAGCAGGCCUCGCUGCCCAGCUCAAUCGGCACUCAGACGAAGGGUCUAGCGCUUCACCGGUCAACCCCAUUGCUCAGAACAGUAACAGUGGCAGUGGUACAACAAGUACAGGCACAGGCGGAGGCGGUGGAGGUGGAGGCAGCAGGCUGUCACUGAGCAGGAAGAAGACCGGAUUCAGCAACUUUGUCAACAGCAUGCUGGGCUCGCCCAGGAAUAUCAAGAUCUCUGCGCCUGAGAACCCGGUCCAUGUCACCCACGUCGGCUUUGAUAACCAGACCGGACAGUUCACCGGCCUGCCAAAAGACUGGCAACGCAUGCUGCAGGAGUCCGGAAUCUCAAAGAAAGAACAGGAACAGCAUCCGCAGACAAUGGUUGAUAUCAUGAAGUUCUAUGAAAAGAACGCCGCGGGACGUGAUGACGACGGCGUCUGGCACAAGUUUGAUAACGCCAGGCUCGCGGCUGCCACCGACCACCACUACAGCCAGGUCACGCCCAUAAACACAACCACUACUUCCCCUCGGUUCCCGCAGAACCACGAAGGGAGCUUUGAGAACCCUCGCGCGCCUCCUCCCAUCCCCAGACAGGCUCCUCUAGCCUCCCCGCCGCCGCCUGCUCCUCCCACGCCCUCCGCUUCUUCUUCUUCUCCUUCUGCAGCUCCCACCUCGGCGCCCUCGUCGGCUCCAGCCUCCGGAUGGGUCCCCAAUCGAGCUGCUCCAAAGGCCCCCAGACCUCCACCGCCACAGCCAUUGAUUACUCCGACAGCUAUAGGCAGUCCCGCUCUCCUUCCCUUUGGCGUCCAGACUAUACCCGAAGCCGUUCCUUUGCCAUCUACCUCUGCACCAACCCCAACAACCACUCCGCCAGCCACUGCUACCAGGAGCCGCUCCAAUUCCAAUGCCAAUGGCGGCAUCAGUCCCGGUGGUCUCUCUCGCAAGCCUUCUGCUGCCAUCACCUCGCCUGCUGUCUACCAGCAGAUGCAGGAACAGGCCAUCACCGCUGCUCAGCAGGCCAUUACCAACAAGCAGAUUGAACGGUCGAGAAGUAUGAGACAGCAGCAGCAGCAGCAACAGGCUCAACAACAGAUACCCGAGCAAUCUCCCAUUGAUCACACGGCUCCUGACGCGCACUACCCUCAUGCCCAGCCCCAGAACUACCCUCAACCACACCCCCAGGGCCCACGAGUCGUUCCAAACCCUGUCCCAGUCCCAGCACACGCCCCUGUCCCGGGGUCGGCCCAGAUGCAUCCGCAACAUCAGCAGCAACAACAACACCAACAGCAGAUGCAACUUCCCCCCGGGGCCUCCGCUCGUCCGCGUGUCCGCCCCCGCCAGCCCCCUACCCCCACGAUCGACAUCCGCGCCCGUCUCAACACCAUCUGCACAAACGGCGAUCCCACCCGCAAUACCGCAACCUCCACAAAAUCGGCCAAGGAGCAUCUGGCUGGCGUCUACACUGCCUACGAGAUCGGCACCAACUACUGCGUCGCCAUCAAGCAGAUGAACCUCGAACUGCAGCCCAAGAAGGACCUCAUCAUCAACGAGAUCCUGGUCAUGAAGGAAAGCAAACACAAGAAUAUCGUCAACUACAUGGACUCUUUCCUACAUGGCGGAGAUCUCUGGGUUGUCAUGGAGUAUAUGGAGGGAGGCAGUCUGACGGACGUCGUUACUUUUAACAUCAUGACCGAGGGACAGAUUGCCGCUGUCUGUCGAGAGGUCCUGCAUGGUCUCCAGCAUCUCCAUUCAAAGGGCGUUAUUCACCGAGACAUCAAAUCAGACAACAUCCUCCUCUCCCUCGAAGGAAACAUCAAACUAACCGACUUUGGUUUCUGCGCCCAAAUAAACGACGCACACCACAAACGCAACACAAUGGUCGGAACCCCCUACUGGAUGGCCCCCGAAGUAGUCACCCGCAAAGACUACGGCAGAAAAGUCGACAUCUGGUCCCUAGGCAUCAUGGCCAUCGAGAUGAUCGAAGGUGAACCGCCAUAUCUCACCGAGUCGCCUCUCAGAGCCCUCUACCUGAUCGCCACGAACGGAACUCCCACCAUCAAAGACGAGCAGAACCUCUCGCCUGUCUUUAGAGAGUUCUUGGCCAUGGCGCUUAAAGUUGAUGCAGAGAAACGUGCCUCAGCGCAUGAUUUGCUCAAGCAUCCUUUCAUGGGCUUCUGUGAACCACUUACUAGUCUAGCGCCGCUUGUCAAGGCCGCGCGCGUUAAUAGAGCGCAGGAAAAAGCACAGAAGGGCGGCGCUUAA